AGAGGGGAGAAGGAGAGAGAAAACUCUCACACGUAGAAAGGAAACGAAAAGACGCGGACUCUCUCUCUACUUUCUCUCUCCUCCAUUGACAGACCUCCGAUCUGGAGUUCGUGUACGGCACUCUGUUUUCAGGUGUCGCAUUUUUCAUUUGCCGGAGUUCUCUUUUGAUUACUUUUGGGGUGUGGCUUUAAUAGUUGGGAACGUUAGUGUGUCAGCUUGUGGUGUAUCGCCGAUUGGUUUCAUAAAAUUCUUUGGAUAAUUGGAUUGGAUGCGGUGGAACUGAGGGUGUGAUGUUUCUCGGGCCGCGGAAGUGGAUUUUGGGUUAAUUCUGAGGAGGGAGUUCUCGGGCAUUUGCAUUGCUGGCUGAGGCUUCCAAGAAUAAAGCUUAAGUGGAGUAUUGAUGCGAAUGUCAAAGUCUCCCUCCCCUGAACCACAGGAGCCCAUAUCCUCAUCACCUUCUCGGCCUAGGGAAUCCAAUGGAAUAUCGGGAAUGGAUGAUCCAGAGAGUACAAUGUCAAGAGUUGCUCAUUUUGUUGAGCAGCUACAUGCCAACAUGUCAUCGCCACAUGAAAAAGAGCUUAUUACAGCCCGUUUACUAGGUAUUGCAAGAGCAAGAAAGGAUGCAAGGACACUCAUUGGUACCCAUGUUCAAGCAAUGCCAUUGUUUAUAUCUGUCCUCAGGAGUGGCACUCCUGUGGCAAAAGUUAAUGUGGCUGCCACUCUUAGUGUUUUGUGUAAAGAUGAAGAUCUACGACUAAAGGUGCUUCUAGGGGGUUGCAUUCCACCAUUACUUGCACUUUUAAAGUCUGAAUCCACUGAAGCCAGGAAGGCUGCAGCAGAAGCUUUAUAUGAAGUUUCCUCUGGUGGACUGUCAGAUGAUCAUGUGGGUAUGAAAAUAUUUGUUACAGAAGGUGUAGUACCCAACUUAUGGGACCAACUCAAUCCAAAGAACAAGCAAGACAAAGUAGUGGAGGGGUUUGUUACUGGGGCUUUGAGGAAUCUAUGUGGUGACAAGAAUGGGUAUUGGAAAGCUACACUUGAGGCUGGAGGAGUAGAUAUUAUUGUGGGGCUUCUUUAUUCUGAUAAUGCUGCUGCACAAUCCAAUGCUGCUUCUCUCUUGGCACGUCUGAUGCUGGCUUUCAGUGAUAGCAUCCCCAAAGUAAUAGAUUCUGGAGCUGUUAAGGCGUUGCUUCGACUCCUGGGUCAGGAAAAUGAUAUUUCUGUCCGUGCCAGUGCUGCUGAUGCUUUGGAGGCUCUUUCUUCAAAGUCAACCAGAGCUAAGAAAGCUGUUGUGGAUGCAGAUGGUGUGCCAGUUCUCAUUGGGGCUAUAGUUGCUCCAUCUAAAGAGUGCAUGCAAGGGGAGUGUGGCCAAGCUCUACAGGGGCAUGCAACACGAGCUCUAGCGAACAUCUGUGGUGGGAUGUCUGCUUUAAUAAUGUAUCUUGGAGAACUUUCCCAAUCCCCCCGAUUAGCCGCACCAGUUGCUGAUAUAAUUGGAGCUCUUGCCUAUUCUCUAAUGGUAUUUGAGCAGCAAUCUGGUGUCGAAGAAGAACCUUUUGAUGCGACUCAGAUUGAAGAUAUUCUAGUAAUGCUACUAAAGCCCCGGGACAAUAAGCUGGUUCAGGAGCGAGUUCUAGAGGCUCUGGCCAGCCUGUAUAGUAACAAAUAUCUCUCAAGAUGGAUCAAUCAUGCUGAAGCAAAGAAAGUGCUCAUUGCACUCAUAACAAUGGCUGCUGCUGAUGCACAAGAGUAUCUCAUACUCGCUUUGACGAGCUUAUGCUGUGAUGGGGUGGGGCUCUGGGAAGCAAUUGGAAUGAGGGAAGGAAUUCAGUUACUCAUAUCAUUACUGGGCUUAUCCAGUGAACAGCAUCAAGAGUAUGCUGUUCAGUUGCUGGCAAUCUUGACUGACCAGGUUGAUGACAGCAAGUGGGCUAUCACUGCUGCUGGUGGGAUUCCUCCUCUGGUGCAGCUACUAGAGAUUGGAUCUCAGAAGGCAAGGGAGGAUGCAGCACAUGUUUUGUGGAAUUUGUGCUGUCACAGUGAAGACAUCCGUGCCUGUGUUGAGAGUGCAGGAGCUGUCCCAGCAUUCUUAUGGCUCCUAAAAAGUGGUGGAUUGAAAGGACAAGAAGCCUCAGCUAUGGCUCUCGGAAAGCUUGUUCGCACAGCUGAUUCUGCCACCAUUAACCAAUUAUUAGCAUUGCUCCUGGGAGAUUCUCCAAGCUCUAAGGCCCACAUAAUCAGAGUUUUGGGUCAUGUACUGACAAUGGCAUCACAUGAAGAUCUAGUGCAUAAGGGUUCUGCUGCCAAUAAAGGGCUGACAUCUCUUGUCCAGGUUCUCAACUCCUCAAAUGAAGAAACCCAAGAGUAUGCAGCUUCUGUGUUGGCCGAUCUAUUCAGCACUAGACAAGAUAUCUGUGAUAGUCUUGCAACUGAUGAGAUUGUGCAUCCUUGCAUGAAGCUUUUGACCAGUAAAACCCAAGUUAUUGCAACUCAAUCAGCUAGAGCCUUAGGUGCUCUCUCACGUCCAACCAAGGCUAAGGCUACAAACAAGAUGUCCUAUAUUGCAGAGGGAGAUGUCAAGCCUCUAAUAAAGUUGGCUAAAACUUCUUCCAUUGAUGCUGCUGAGACUGCAGUUGCUGCAUUGGCUAAUCUUCUGUCUGAUCCCCAGAUUGCUGCAGAAGCCCUUGAAGAAGAUGUUGUUUCAGCUUUGACAAGAGUAUUGGGAGAAGGCACUUCAGAAGGUAAGAAGAAUGCGUCACGUGCUCUUCAUCAAUUACUGAAGCAUUUUCCAGUAGGUGAUGUGCUCACAGGAAAUGCUCAGUGCCGUUUUGCUGUUCUCGCACUUGUGGAUUCCUUAAAUUCAAUGGAUUUGGAUGGGACUGAUGCUGCUGAUGCUUUAGAAGUGGUUGCACUCUUGGCUAGGAUGAAGCAGAGUGUGAACUUCACUUAUUCUCCUUGGUCUGCUCUUGCUGAAGUCCCCUCAAGCUUGGAGUCCCUUGUGCGCUGCCUGGCUGAGGGACCUCCUCUGGUGCAAGAUAAGGCAAUAGAAAUUCUAUCUAGGCUUUGUGGGGAUCAACCAGUUGUGCUUGGUGAUCUUUUGGUUGCACAAUCAAGAUCCAUUGGUUCACUUGCUAAUAGAAUAAUGAAUUCAUCCAGUUUAGAAGUAAGAGUUGGAGGAACUGCCUUACUCAUUUGUGCUGCUAAGGAACAUAAACAGGCUGCAAUGGAUGCACUUGAUGUAUCAGGAUAUUUAAGACCUCUUAUAUAUGCUUUGGUUGAUAUGAUGAAGCAGAAUUCUAGUUGUUCCUCUCUAGAAAUUGAAGUGAGAACUCCUAGAGGAUUUAUGGAAAGAACUGCGUUUCAGGAAGGGAUUGAGUUUGAGGUUCCUGACCCAGCCACUGUCUUGGGGGGCACUGUUGCUUUGUGGUUGAUAUCAAUAAUUUGUUCGUUUCAUGCAAAGAGCAAAAUCACUGUGAUGGAAGCUGGUGGACUUGAGGCCCUCUCUGAGAAGCUUACAAGUUAUGCUUCCAAUCCACAGGCAGAGUUUGAGGAUACUGAGGGUAUAUGGAUUAGUGCUUUGCUCCUGGCUAUUUUGUUCCAAGAUGCAAAUGUUGUUCUGGCCCCUGCAACCAUGCGCAUCAUACCGUCACUUGCACUUUUAAUGAAAUCUGAUGAAGUGAUUGACAGAUUCUUUGCUGCCCAGGCAAUGGCUAGUCUUGUUUGUAAUGGAAGUAGGGGAAUAAAUCUUACAAUUGCAAAUUCAGGUGCAGUUGCUGGGUUAAUAACCCUAAUUGGUUACAUAGAAUCAGAUAUGCCAAACCUUGUUGCUUUAUCUGAAGAGUUUUGUCUGGUUAGGAAACCUGAUCAAGUUGUUCUGGAAAAUCUUUUUGAAAUUGAAGACAUAAGAGUUGGUUCCACUGCUCGCAAAUCUAUACCUCUAUUAGUGGAUCUUUUGAGACCAAUUCCAGAUAGGCCAGGUGCCCCUCCAAUUGCUGUUCAACUAUUGACUCGUAUUGCAGAUGGAAGUGAUACAAACAAACUGAUAAUGGCUGAAGCUGGAGCAUUGGAUGCUCUAACCAAGUACUUGUCUUUGAGCCCUCAAGACUCUUCUGAGGCCUCAGUGUCUGAACUGUUGAGAAUACUAUUUAGCAAUCCUGAUCUUCUUCGUUACGAAGCAUCAAUCAGUUCCUUGAAUCAACUAAUAGCUGUGCUGCGUUUGGGGUCAAGAAAUGCUAGAUUCAGUGCUGCUAGAGCUUUGCAUGAGCUUUUUGAUGCUGAGAACAUCAGAGAUUCUGAGUUAGCUAGGCAGGCGGUUCAGCCCUUGGUUGACAUGCUUAAUGCUGCAUCAGAGAGUGAGCAACAAGCUGCUCUUGUUGCCUUAAUCAAGUUGACUAUGGGAAAUUCAUCAAAAGCAUCUUUGAUGACAGACGUGGAGGGAAACCCCCUUGAGAGUCUUUACAAAAUUUUAUCAUCUUCUACUUCAUCCUUGGAACUAAAGGGAAAUGCUGCACAACUUUGCUUUGUUUUGUUUAAUAUUCCAAAAAUUCGAGCAUUGCCGAUGGCCUCUGAAUGCAUAGAACCCCUUAUAUUGUUGAUGCAAUCUGAGAGCAGCGCGGCUGUAGAAUCCGGCGUUUGUGCUUUUGAGAGAUUGUUGGAUGAUGAACAACUAGUGGAGCUUGCAGCAGCUUAUGAUAUUGUGGAUCUCAUUGUUAGCUUGGUUUCUGGAUCAAACCAUCAGCUCAUUGAGACUUCCAUCUGUGCUCUCACAAAGUUGGGGAAGGACCGAACUCCCCUCAAGUUAGAUAUGGUCAAAGCUGGCAUUAUUGAUAAUUGUCUUGAGCUACUCCCUGUUGCACCCAGUUCAUUAUGCUCCUCAAUUGCAGAACUGUUCCGCAUCUUAACAAAUAGCAGUGCAAUUUCUAAAGGCUCAGCUGCUGCAAGAAUUGUGGAACCCCUUUUCAUGGUUUUGCUUCGUCCAGAUUUCAGUAUGUGGGGACAGCAUAGUGCUUUGCAAGCUCUUGUAAAUAUUUUGGAGAAACCACAAAGCCUUGCAACACUAAAACUUACUCCUAGCCAAGUCAUUGAACCACUGAUUUCAUUUUUAGAGUCCCCAUCUCAAGCAAUCCAGCAGCUAGGCACAGAAUUGCUAUCUCAUCUUCUUGCACAGGAACAUUUUCAGCAGGAUAUUACAACAAAAAAUGCAGUUGUACCACUUGUUCAGCUUGCAGGAAUUGGAAUAUUGAACUUACAGCAGACAGCAAUCAAGGCAUUGGAGAACAUCUCUAUAAGCUGGCCAAAGGCAGUUGCAGAUGCUGGGGGCAUUUUUGAGCUUGCAAAAGUUAUCAUUCAAGAUGACCCGCAACCACCUCAUGCUUUGUGGGAAUCAGCUGCACUGGUUCUCUCUAAUGUUCUGCGUUUCAAUGCUGAGUACUAUUUCAAAGUUCCUCUUGUUGUUCUCGUGAAAAUGCUGCAUUCAACACUGGAGAGCACUAUUACGGUGGCUCUUAAUGCCCUGAUUGUUCAUGAAAGGAGUGAUGCGUCAAAUGCUGAACAGAUGACUGAAGCUGGUGCCAUUGAUGCUUUGCUGGACCUUCUGAGAUCUCAUCAGUGUGAAGAGCCUGCUGGAAGAUUACUUGAGGCUUUAUUUAACAAUGUGAGAGUACGAGAGAUGAAAGUCUCCAAGUAUGCAAUAGCACCUUUAUCACAGUAUCUGUUAGAUCCACAAACCAGAUCACAAUCUGGUAGGCUUCUUGCAGCUCUUGCUCUUGGUGACCUCUCCCAGCAUGAAGGACUUGCUAGAGCCAGUGAUUCUGUAUCAGCAUGCCGUGCACUGAUAAGCUUGCUUGAAGAUCAACCAACAGAAGAAAUGAAAAUGGUGGCAAUUUGUGCAUUGCAGAACUUUGUGAUGCGCAGUAGAACUAAUAGGCGAGCUGUUGCUGAAGCAGGUGGCAUAUUGGUAGUUCAGGAACUACUACUUUCUCCUAAUUCAGAUGUUGCUGCGCAGGCAGCAUUGCUGAUCAAAUUUUUAUUUUCCAAUCACACGCUUCAAGAAUAUGUGUCAAAUGAGCUCAUCAGAUCAUUGACAGCUGCAUUAGAGAAGGAGUUGUGGUCCACAGCAACCAUCAAUGAAGAGGUCCUGAGAACCAUAAAUGUGAUAUUUGCCAAUUUUCAUAAGCUCCAUAUUUCUGAAGCAGCUACCCUGUGCAUUCCCCAUUUGGUAGGAGCGCUCAAGUCUGGAAGUGAUGCUGCUCAGGAAUCUGUCUUGGACACCUUAUGCUUGUUAAAACAUUCAUGGUCAACCAUGCCAAUAGAUAUUGCCAAAUCUCAAGCCAUGAUUGCAGCUGAAGCCAUUCCCAUUCUGCAAAUGCUUAUGAAAACCUGUCCACCAAGCUUCCACGAUAAAGCAGAUAGCCUCUUGCAUUGUUUACCAGGGUGUUUGACUGUUACCAUUAAGCGUGGGAACAACCUAAAGCAGGCCAUGGGGGGAACAAAUGCUUUCUGCCGAUUGACAAUAGGCAAUGGUCCUCCACGGCAAACCAAGGUAGUGAGCCACAGUACAUCCCCAGAAUGGAAAGAAGGAUUUACAUGGGCAUUUGAUGUACCACCGAAGGGACAAAAGCUCCACAUUCUAUGUAAAAGCAAAAGUACUUUUGGAAAGACAAAUCUUGGGAGAGUGACCAUCCAAAUCGACAAAGUUGUCACGGAAGGUGUAUACAGCGGAUUGUUCAGCCUGAACCAUGACAGCAACAAAGAUGGGUCUUCCCGAACACUAGAAAUCGAGAUUAUCUGGUCCAACAGGAUAUCAAAUGAGAGCAUGUGAAGGGUCAUGCAAGAAUAUAUAUCUAUAAAAGAAAGUGCAAUGAAGUCAGGGGGGUCGCAAGCCAAGCAGCAAAGGUGAAUUGGCCAUGUUUCUGCCCCACAAUGAGAUGCUGGCGGUGGGUUGGUUUGUAAGUAUUUAUGUCUGUUGAUGGUCCAGUUUUGUAGUUCUGAGAUUAAUGCUUUUGCCUCAGGGAUAAAAUGUAAAAUGUUGGUAUUUUCUGAGGCUAGAAGAGUCAGAAAAGUGUCCCACGGUGUUAGGGGGUUUCAAGUCUUGUUUAGUAGUUUGUUGUACAGGUCAGUCAGUCCGUAGGCACUAGCAAAUCUAGACAUAUUUUAGAGAAAGGAAUGGCAUUGGAAAAAUAUGAUUGAUAGAACUCUGCUUUUUGCACAGAAAGUCAAUGCUGGAAGUGGGCUUAUUUAUUGUGUUUACCUGGAAACGUAUUUAUACAUACACAAGAAGCCAGUAUUUGGGAUUUGAUUUGUAUAUAAGUCGGAGGAGGUGCCACUUGUUUUGGUGUCUUUUCUUGCAUUUUUGGAAUAUCUGGUCGAACUGGAGUACAAGCAAAGCAACUAGCGCUUAAUGCCAUGCCAUUUGAAUCCGGUUGGAACGAAGCUUCUACAGUGCCUCUAGCCCUCUCGGACAAAACCUCAAAUUCUGGUGAGCUUCCCUGCCCAUAAAUUUAUGAUUAACAAAGCCUGAAAAUUUGCCUAGCUUCUGCCUGUGGGAAACCAAUCUUUUUCAUUCUGAUUUGCACAGCAUUUCAACACUGUUGUACAAGUAUAAAUUUAUGUGCAUUUUUUCCUUUUUCCA